UGGGUUGCGUAAAUUUUUCAUAAACAUGGCAAGCUUUGUAGGUGAUGCCACGUUCAGUUGCAAUUUUUUUUUAUUUUUCCUCAGUUUUUUGAAUAUUAAAUAUGUUUUAUCUACAUCUCCUACAGCACCGUGGUACGAAGACCUUCCAGCCGUUGCAAUGGAUUACAAGGUCCAUAUAGACCCAGGAAAAGAGGACUGUUACUUUCAAUAUGUUAAUCCUGGAGCUACUUUUUAUGCCAGCUUUCAGGUAGUACGUGGUGGUGAUGGUAUGGCCGGAUUUGCUGUUAGAAAUCCUCAGGGCCAAAUAGUUCAUCCUUAUCAAUGGAAGUCCAAUAGUGAAUAUCAAGAGCAAGUUGUUGGUGAAGGAGGCUACUACUCUGUAUGUAUCGACAAUCAGUUCUCCAAGUUUGCAGGCAAGCUGGUAAAUAUCUAUUUAACAGUUGUUCGAUAUGACUUGUGGGAGAAAUACACCAAGGAAGUUGAGGAAUUGAAUAUGAAUAUGGAAAACUUUACGGCUUCAAUUACUGAUGUUGAAAAGAAUAUCAAUCAUAUGUUGCAGUACCAACAUCAUACAAGGGGCAGAGAGGCUUGGGAUAUGAACUUGUUAGAAGCUAACAACAAAUAUGUGGUACGUUGGUCUUUAAUUCAAAUUGUUGUAAUAGCUGCUGCUACUGUUGUUCAAGUUUAUUUUGUAAGAAAAUUGUUUGACAUUAAGACCGGAAGUGGUUAUAGUAAAUCUCGUAUAUAAAUUCACUUU